CGUAAAACAACAACGAGGAGCAGUAGAAGUAGAAGAAGAAGAGCUUAGCUUCAGCCACGGCCCUGCGUUGUACAUCGCAGCCAGCCUGCCAGCUAGGUAGCUAGCUGCUGCUGUUUUCACGUUCCUAUCCAAGGUGAAAGUGUGGAGUGAAUGAAGGUUAGGGGCAAAAUCAAAAUACAGGGGUGACUAUGAGAUGUUGGAGAGCGCAGGCGUUAAUUUGGCGGCGUCUCGCGGGAUUGUCCACUUCACCCCGGGACGCUUCUGUUCGCGCGUCUCCCGUUUCGGGGGCGUGUACGGGGACAACACUCGCUCGCCAGGUGUGUAGCGCGGUUUCCCCGGCAACGCUGAGGACACCCCUAGCUCCCGCUCUCUGGACUUCGGCUCGCAGUUGGUGUUCGCUCCUGGUGAGGUUCAAAACCACCGGAGGCUCGAAGAAAGGAGGCAAAAAUGCCAAGGAGGACGAGGAGGAGGAAGAAGAUGACCCAGCGGCCAGUGACUACGAGGAUGAACUACAGGAUGACCCUGGUCUGCCCAAAAACUACAAGGACCAGGAGAGAUCUGUGCAGUCCUUUCGCUAUGACCUCAUCUUGAAGGCUGGCUUGGACUUGGCACGCAACAAAAUUGAUGACGCUUUCUAUGGCAACAAACUGAGACUCAACGGCCAGAGACUGAUCAAGAAAAGCAAAACGGUGAAAGUGGGGGACACCCUGGACCUGGUGCUGGAGGACAACCGGGACACCGACGUGGUCACCCUGAUGAGGGUGGUGCUGAAGGAGGUGGUCGCGGUGACCAGGGACGAGGCCAGGUACAGGGUGGUUCUGCGACGCUGGAAGCACCUGCAGCUGCCCAGGCAGGAAGCCUACAGGCUGUGAGGCGCCACGGGAACGCUGGAUAACUCGCUGAAGCACUGCGGGGGGAUUUGACCCCCGCCAAGACAGAAACUGUUUUUCGUACUGCCUCUGCAUGGGUGUGUCUCUCUCUCUCUCUCUCUCUCUCUCUCUCUCUUUCUCUCUCUCUCUCUCGCUCUCACAAAUGGGGGGAUUUUGUUUGAAGAGGUGACAGCAAACUUGGGGGGGGAAUAAAAAACCCCAAAAACAAAACACUGCAGCACUACCUUAAGCACUCGUCAACAAAUCACGUUUUAUAUAUCGAGUGUAUUUCUACGAAGAACUUGUCACGGCACACUUUCACAGUGUUCGGGGGGGGGGAGGGGGCAGUGACAAUCACAAAUAAUCAGUCAAUAGUCAAUCAGUGUGAUCCCCAAAUCUGGUCCCCGCAGAGGUUCCAGUCCUGGUUUUCGCUUCUGCCUAAAGAUCAGCCACCAAUUUCACGGUGCAAUCCAGGAACAUCCCCACGUUCUCUCUGCUCUACCUUAACUUUAUCAAGCCCUUUUUUUUUUUGUGACUUCCGACCGAUUAAACUGACUUUGUAUGUGAGAAUUCAUAAAGGCCCAUGGGUACUGAGGUGCUUUGGAGUGUCAUGGAGCCCAUUUUGACAGUAUUGGGAGCUGUAUUAGCAGUACUUACCUGGCCACCGUUACCACCUUGUAUCUCUAAAAUCGACUUGAGGCCAAGCAUGAACUUGACUUGUCGUGCAUGGAAAUGUGUUUGUAGUACAGUGGAUCAUAGGCCUUGGGGAGAAAUAAAAAUGUAAGUUUAGUGUUCUGCGCCUGUCUUUCUGUCCGGAUUCAUAGCUAUGCUGUGUGCCAAAGCUAUGUGUGUUAGCAGGGCAUAUCCCACACGCCAACAGCAGCGAGUUUAGCAUUUGUCUGGUUUUCUUGCAGAAAUGACCAGUUUCUUACUCUCUACAGACAUUCGGUUCUGUAACCUCUUACCUCAUGUAAACGCACAACAUUCAGAUAUGAUUCAACAAUAAAGCCUGACUGAUUGACUGAC